CCGUGGGGCGGGGUGGCGGCGGCAGCCGCCGCAGGAGCGGAGCGCAGAGAGGAUGCAGGCGGCGCCCGGGGCGCAGGCGGCCAGGCCGUUCAAGAUGAGGAAGAGUUUCGCCACCCGGCUGGAAGAAGUAGCAGGAAUCCGAGCGAAGUUCCCAACUAAAAUCCCGGUAAUCGUUGAGAGAUACCAUAGAGAGAAGUAUCUGCCUCUCUUGGACAAAACCAAGUUUCUUGUUCCUGAGGAGCUGACCAUGACACAGUUCAUAACCAUCAUCAGAAGCAGGAUGGCUCUAACAGCUACACAAGCUUUCUACUUGCUGGUGAACAACAAAAGCCUAGCCAGUAUGUCAUUGACAAUGGCAGAAGUAUACAGGGACUACAAAGAUGAAGAUGGCUUUGUGUAUAUGACAUAUGCUUCCCAGGAGAUGUUUGGGUGCUUUUUACCUACAGCUGAAGGGAAAACUGUGACAUUCCUUAAACACUUAAAGUUGGGUCCACAUGCUGCAGCAAAGCAAUUUCCUACAAAUCACACCUGUGACAUGAACCUCAGAGAUGCUCCUGCCAAUAUGAGCUCUUGAGUAGGGAGCUAUGAUCCCAAGCUGGCAGGACCAGCUUAAGGCAGAAAUGGCAGUAUGCUUUUCCUAUAUAAUAAUGUGAAUAUAUAUUUUUAUAUUAGAAGACACAAUAGGAUUUUUUUGAACUGCACCUCCACUUUUUUGCAAUAUCAAUCUUUUAUGUAAUUGAUUUUUAAGGUUAUCUUGGAACAUAAGACUAAAAUAAAGAAUCUUUUUUAAGUA